AUGGCUGGGUUGCUGAGGGACAAAGAUGGAGUGCCUCAACUGGAAAAAGUGGCACAGAAAAUGAAGGAUGAUGGGGUUGCGCCUAACGCGGACACAUACAACAUCCAGAUCCGAAGACUCGUUAAACUUAACGAAAAUAGCAGAGCAGCUGACGUCGUCAUCCGCAUGAGAGCAGAUGGUUUUCACGGAGAUUAUGCCACCAUAAUGACGAUUUUCCAUACCGAUACGCUAGAUAAAAAGACGCUUGACGAAAGCUUUCGGAAUAUGGUCCUAGAUAGCUUCAGUGGUAACUUUCGGAAAUUGUUUCCAUCUGGUGAAAAGACGUUUGACGAAAGCUUUCGGAAUCGGUUUCAAUUCCGAGUCCCUGAAUACGAGUAUGUUUUCUCGACCAUGAACCAGAGCUAUAGAGUUGCUCUUAACAGUGAUUUGCUUUCUUCUGUUAAACUAUUUCGGAAGAUACUUGAUGUGGUUGCUUUAAAGACUCCAAAGCUCCGGGGACAAGCUUGGGUUGCGUUUACUGAAGUUACUGCUGCUAGUAAUGCUGUUCCUCAUAUGCAGAAUUUCCCCUUCCAUGAUAAAGCAAUGGUCAUGAUAAACCACAAAGAGAUUCAAUGGAGAGGUCUUCCUCGGACAAGCUUAAGCGACAUUGAAGAAUUAAAGGUUUUCAACCCAACUUUCUGGGUUCCAAAGCUCGUUUGA